GCGAAGCACGAGAGAAACCACUGACCAGACCGCUGCAACCUGCCGCCUGUUGAUGAUGACGACUGUUUGAAGGCACAUCUGUCAUUAGCAACGUUUCCGUUAAUGCUAAUCUUUCCAUCAGUUGUCUCAAUCUGGUUGCUAGAAAGUGUCGUCUACUUGUCUCCCUCUUCCUAGUUGAUAAACAAGAAUGGCUGAAGCAGGUGUCAGCUCGACUGCCUCUGAUGACACUAGGACGGGGCAAGUUACCGUCGAGCCAGUUCCCAACUCAACGGAUAAAAAGGACUCACUUCUCAAACAUAUGGAUAUCAAUGUACCGGAAGCAGAGAAACGCAUCAAUGGUGCACUCAAUCUUCACGAUUAUUUUACUGUUUACUUAAUUGAAACCAAGGUCAAUGACCCACAGUGGUUGAGUAAUCAAAAAUCUGGGUCUGUGUUGCGGCUGGGGAGCCUGUGGCGUAGAUACACAGAAUUUGAAGUUUUGCACAGCUACUUGUCAGAAAUGUAUCCUUUCAUUGUUCUGCCUCCUUUGCCUGAGAAACGAGUUAUGUUCUCCUGGCAGAAAGUAUCCACGGAUACAUUUGAUCCAGACUUUGUGGACCGAAGAAGAGCUAGCUUGGAGAAUUUCUUGCUACGUAUUGCAUCUCAUCCUAUCCUGUCUUUUAAUCCGCAAUUCCUGGCAUUCCUUCAGCAAGAACAAGGGUGGCAACCGAAUGCCAAAGAACAUGGCUAUCUUCAGCAAUUUGCAGAGUCAAAGCUGAAAUCAAUGAUUGGUCUCAGAGAACUUGAUAAACGAUUUGAACAGAUAAAAAAUUACAGCAAUGAGCUACAGAAUAACAUGACUAAUAUUUUAAGAGUCAGAGCUGCUUUGGCUGAAAGGUUGUAUGGAAUUCACAAGCUACACGCCAAUUACGGCAGAAUUUUUAGUGAAUGGAGUGCAGUGGAAAGAGACAUGGGAGACGGAUUACAGAAAGCUGGUCAUUAUUUUGAUAGUGUUGCUGCUGGUAUUGACACAGCUUUGGAAGAAGAAGAACUUCUUGCUGAUCAGCUUAAGGAGUACUUGUUUUCGGCUGGUGCUCUUUACACUGUUUGCUGUCGCCAUGAAAUGUUGCAGUUUCAAGUCGAGAGAGCGCAGGAUAUGGUGCAACAACAUCUCACCAAACUAGAGAGAGUACAACAAGGAAAAACCAGCAUUAUGUCUCGUAUAUUUGGCACUAUUGACACUGAUGAAUUUCGUGAAGAGCGUGUCAGCGUUCUAGAGCAAAGAAUAGAGGAACAUAAAGAGAGUGUGAGCAGCACCAUAGAUCAGAGAGACACCUUUACAAGUGCUGCCCUUAUCGAUGUGCAACGAUUCCAGGGCCAAAAAGUAAUUGAUCUGAGAGAAACGUUAGCUAGCUACAUAAUGCUCCAAAUGAAAAUGGCGAGGAAGGGCCUGCAAGCAUGGACUCAUAUUAGAGACUGUCUGGAAAGUAUUAAUUGACUGCAUUUCCUUCUGUCUGCACCUGAUUCCAAAUCAAAGCUCAUAUUCAAUCCACACUUAAUGAUUAAUGCUGGUCAUGGCUUAAUAUGGCAUGGCAACCAUCCAUUGUGAUCUCAUGAAUCCGUCAUAUUGUUUUAGCAUCAGUGAUUUGGUAUCUGGGUGUAGUGGACUUUGCAGGUCUUACAUUUUUGUAUCUUCACUAAGGUUUGAUCUAGUCUUAAGAAAAAUAUAGUGGUCUGAAUCUGAAGAGUAUAUUGAAUUGACAUUAUUCAGAAAUGAAAUCUUUUCUUGUCUGUGAUGGUCAUUCUGUGGCUUGUCUGUGGUUUUUAAGAGGGACCAGCUUAUUAUUAUUUGUCCCUUCAAAUUUAUUUUUCAAAUUUAUUUAUCAGCUGUUAUUUUAUUGAUUAGAAGUUGUAUUUGCAUUAAUGUAUUACUGUUCUGUUAUGUUUGCUGAGUUACGUAUUUGGCUUUGUUUUACUUUUUGUCUGAUUAUGUUUAUUUGUCUGUUUGCAUGAUCUUUUUUCAUGCUCAUUGUUGGAGCUGUGAUUUGAGCAGAAGUAGAAUGGUAAAAUUUCUUUUGAAUCUUCUGUUUUCUAGUUGAAACAUGUUCAAGUGUUGCCAAAGAUAGUGACAUUUCCCCUGCGGAGUGUUUUGUUAUUGGAUUGCAUGUAGAUGAAUGUGCAAUCAUGUUACAUAAUAAUUCUCAUAGUAUGUACAUUAAUAUGUUCCUACCCCUAACUGGGUGAAAAAAUAAGCUGAUAAGUAACUCAGUGUGGUGGCAUAUUGAUAUGUAGCAAGUUUUUUACUUAAUGUGAAUUUGAGCUGUCAAGAUUGUUAAAUACAAGAUAAGUAAAUGUCCCA